ACCAGUUCAUGAAUAUGGUGAAAUCACUCAAGCUCCACCUCAACCACCCGAUGACUCCCCGAUCAUCAACGUAAGUAUGCUACUAGUACUAAUUAACACUCUAAUUUCCGAUUCAUUCAUGCAUACAUAUGAUUUUGCUGCAGGUUGAUGAGUUGAAAACAGCUCCUUACGAUUAUCGUUUUCCUACCACUAACCAAACACGCUAUUGCUACACUCGCUACAUCGAAUAUCAUAGGUGUAUAAGAGCCAAGGGGAAGGAUGCACCAGAGUGUGAGAAGUUUGCUCGCUAUUAUCGUUCACUGUGUCCAUCUGAAUGGAUUGAGAGGUGGAACGAACAAUUGGAGAAUGGCACGUUUCCUGGUCCUCUUUAG